AUGGCAACCUCGCUUACAGCUGCUCAGCGUCAAGAAUUGCAAGACGCUUUCAAUAUUUUCGAUUCAGAUAAAUCUGGUCAAAUAUCUGAAAAGGAAUUAGGAAAUGUGCUGAAGGCGUUAAAUAUUAAAUUAAAUGAUAGCCAAUUAAAAACGUUAGUUGUAGCAAUGGACACAGACAAAAGUGGUCAAAUUGGAUUUGAGGAAUUUUGUCGUGUAAUGAGCGAAUCGUUUUUUAAGAAACAUUCUGAACAAGAAUUACGAGCUGCCUUUCGUCAAUUUGAUCAAGAUAACUCAGGUUAUAUUCAAGCUGGAGAACUUGAAAGUAUCAUGGCUAAAAUGGGAAAACGCUUUAAAAAAAGUGAAAUAGAUGCCUUGCUUCAAUCGUUAGAUAAAGAUGGUGAUGCCAAAAUUUCAUUUGAUGAAUUCGUGAAAUUGUUUUAA